UUCGGCGUCAGAUAUCUUGGUUGUGUCCUUUGCUUGUAUCGUAUCCCACCGCUUUGUCCCGCAGUCUUCUCCAGUCUUCGAGGGCGUUCUAGGCUGAAAUCUCUCCUCAGUACAGGCGGAUGACUGCACGCUUUCUUGGAAGCGUUCUAAUCAAUCACGUCGACAUGCCUCCUUCGGAAGUGCCGGACGCUUUACGGAGGGUGUUCAGUGUCAUAGACAAGGAGCAGGAGCGUUUUGUGGCAACUCUUCGUGAAGCCGUAGCGAUUAAGAGUGUGUCGUUAUGGCCCGAAGCAAGGGAUGACAUAAUUGAUAUUAUGAGCUGGAUGAAAAAUAAACUGGAAGCAGAAGACGUCGUGUGUGAGCUCAAAGCCGUUGGUUCGCAAAGCCUCCCCGACGGCUCAGCUAUACCUCUACCGCCUGUUCUGAUUGGUUGUCUGGGGUCAGACCCCACGAAGAAGACUGUCCUGGUAUACGGUCAUCUCGAUGUUCAGCCAGCAUUCAAAGAGGACGGAUGGAACACAGAUCCUUUUGAGCUAGUGGAGAAAGAUGAAAAACUGUAUGGCAGAGGAUCGUCGGACGAUAAGGGCCCAGUUCUGGGAUGGCUAAACGUUGUUCAAGCUCACAGAGAGGCCGACGUUCCUCUACCCGUUAACCUAAAGUUUGUGAUCGAAGGCAUGGAGGAGUCCGGCUCAGAAGGACUAGAAGACCUUCUGCUGUCCAUGAAAAACACAGACUUCUUGAAAGAUGUAGACUAUGCCUGUGUUUCGGACAACAACUGGCUGGGACCUGAGAAACCCUGCCUCAUCUACGGUCUCAGAGGUCUUUGUUAUUUCGACGUUCAAGUCCAUAACACAGACAGGGAUCUGCAUUCUGGUGUUCCGAGUGGAGCGGUGCCCGAGGCUCUUGCAGACCUGCUGUACAUCCUCAACAACUUAACAGGCCCUUGUGGACAGAUACUUGUUCCUGGAAUCAUGGACAAUGUAGCCCCAGUCACGGACAAAGAGCGUGCACUUUACAAUGACCUCGACUUCGACAUGGAAGUCUUCAGACAGGAGCUUGGCUGCUCUAAGCUAGCUCACGGUGACAAGGGAGACCUACUCAUGGCAAUGUGGCGUUUCCCUUCUUUGUCAAUUCACGGUGUUGAGGGCGCCUUCGAUGGCUCUGGGGCCAAGGCUGUAAUCCCCGGUUGGGUAUCGGGAAAAUUCUCCAUCCGCACUGUUCCUAAUCAGGAACCCAAAAAGGUUGAGAAGGCGGUCAUGGACUAUCUGGAUACCCUCUGGAAGCAUCGCAAAAGUUUCAACGUCAUGAAGGCAUCUAUGAUAUCCUGCGGAAGGUACUGGGUAGGCGAUCCAUUCAGCAAACAUUUCCAGGCUGCAGCCGCUGCUACGAAGCUCGUGUACGGCGUGUAUCCUGACAUGAUACGUGAAGGCGGCAGUGUUCCCGUGACAGCUAUAAUUCAAGAAGUGACGGGCAAAGAAGUCAUAUGCAUACCUAUGGGAGCAUCCGACGAUGCCCCGCAUUCUGAAAGUGAAAAGUUGGAUCGCAGGAACUACAUUGAAGGGACGAAGCUCUUUGCGGCAUACUUGUACGAAAUCUCCCUGCUGGAAUAAAAUACGACAUGUCAUCAAGGGCAUUGGAUCAA